GGGACUGCUCUCGCCCACUGAAUGAGCCUAGCCGCUAGGCUAAUGAGAUCUUCGUGUCGUCGCGCUUUCGCUUCUCAAUCUCGCGCCAUUGUGUCCCGCAGGAACGCUCUACUUUACAUGAUGCCCUCGGGAGUCGGGACAUAGGCGCGUAUUUCAUCUCUGGCGUGACUUCAUUACGGAUUGAGGCGUGAUGCGGUGUGACCUUUGAAAACUGUUUCGCACAGCUCCCAAACCGACUCUGGGCCUACGCUCCCAGUGUCUACAACUUUCAGCGCCGCUACGCAGCCGCUACAUGAGCUACUCGUAAUCUAGACUGCGGUUCUGGCUCCGAUCAAGCCGAGGCUGCGUGCGCACAUCUCUCGAGACAGGAAGAUCGAUAAUUAUGACAGGGCAAAUCGCCAGAAAAGGCUGAGUACAAGGUUCUCCCCGUCGAUACCAAGAUCCUUCAUAGAACCUCGUAGUCAAUUUCUGCCUCACUUCUGGCACACGCCAGGUUGAUCCUCGCUGUCUCUCUCGAUGACUGAAUUUCAUUCGAAUGAAUCAAAAGAUACCUGAGGCUGGGAAAACCAGCCCCUGGUCUCCCCCCGUGCGCACCAGCCGAUUCGAUGAAGCGCACUAAGGGUUCAGGUGAGACGACGGUACUGUAGAACAGGAGUGCCAUUUCCCUCAGUGCGGGAAACCUCGUGGAUGGCCCAUUUAAGUCUGCGGAACUGUCGAGCGUGAGGAAUCGAAGGAGAUCGGGAUCGUGAGCACCGCAAUCUUCAAGAAUCAGCUCCUGGAGUGUUCCCGAUGAGGUCGUCAGGUACUCCAUGAGGGUGGUGGCUGGGCAUGGGAAGUCAUAUAAGGAUAAAGCCGAUAGGGCGAACGAUGAGCGCCUCUGCAGACCCAGCAGAAUUGCAUCCCAAUCUGGCUCUAGAGAUGCACUUUGUCGCGCGGUGCUGUUCAUACCAAUUUCCAAGCGCGUGAGGGCUGGAAACGCAAACGCGUCAAAGAAAGCGGCUGGAUUUCCCGAGCGGAACCCGAAUGCUAGAUCCUUCAUCUGGUCGUGCACAAGCAGAGCUCCGGUGCUAAUAUCCGUUACGGUGCUGCGAUCGCCCACCAUGAGACGGGUGAACGUGCACGUGUUCAAUCGCGGAGCGUCCAUGACGAUAUCUCUCGCCGCCUCAAACGACAGAUCUGUAUCGAUGGAAAUUUCGGUCAGAGUGUGCCAUGGAAGCAUCCCCCGCUCCGCCCUCCCAACUGGAGAAAUGAGUGAGACGCAGUGCAAGGCCGCGGCCGUCUGGAAUGUAGCAAGCACAGUCGCAAACACCUCCGGGGAUGUCAUAUCCGUGGAGUAGACCUCCAUGAUCUUCAAUUUCGGGAAAUUGCGUCGAUGAAUGACGGCCGGAUAAUCCGCAUCGGGUUGGAUAAGCCAUUCGAGGUAUCCCCGCAGAUCGAGCGUUGCCAGGCGCUGUUGCGCCGAUUCGUUCCGGAGGAGGUGUCGCAGCAGCGCGGUGGGCCGGUGGAUGCCCUUCCAGAACGGCCGCCCCUCGUUAGCAAGGGUGACAUGAAGAGACAGUGCCCCCGACCGCCGCAGGAGCCCAUCGAGUGCCGCAGCAGAGAUUCUGCUCGUCGCAGGUAGGUGGACGUGGUUCCACAGCGAGGGGGUGUGCUUCGCGACAGUGUACCAGCGAGAGCAGACGCGCGUGAAGAUGAGCGGCGGGGACAGCGGGUCCAAGAUCGAGUACUCCUGGGAGUAGUAGCGCUGCUGGGAUUGCGCAGUGGGAAGGUACCCGUCUCGUGCCCAUGCGAAUAUCUCACCCAGGAGCUCGCUGGGAAAGCGCUCGAUAGGCUCCCGCCGGGCGAUAUUGCGCACCUCCACCCGGUCCGGCAUGGGAGUCAGAGGCAAGUUGCCUGUGAUGAAAGCACAUGGAUCUAGCUACUCUCGGUGUUCGAACUGUUGAUAGUAGAUUACAAGCCAAUGUCACUGGCAUGUGUUAUUCGGCGGCCAUCAAUCAUCACUGUCGA